UCUUGACAGAAGGUGGACUGUGUAGAGCAACGAGGAGCAGGAAACACACCCAGGUUUCAGAAAUGUCCACCUCCAGCACUGUCCUGUCUGAAGAGCAGUUCCUGUGCUCUGUCUGUCUGGAUGUGUUCACUGAUCCAGUCUCUAUUCCAUGUGGACACAACUUCUGCAAGGUCUGUAUCAGUGAAUACUGGAACACCACUGCCCUGUGCCAGUGUCCACUGUGUAAGGACACAUUCAAUACAAGACCGGACCUAAAAACCAACACAACACUCAGAGAAGUUGCAGAUCAUUUUAAGAGGAUGAAGGUCAGAGACAGAGAGGAGUCCUCUUCCAAGCCUGGAGAUGUAGCACAAGUGCAGCAGAUGAUCCAGGAGCGACUGCUGAAGGUUAAGGAGAUCAAACUCUCAGUAGAGCUCAGCCAGAGAGAUGCAGAGAGAGAGAUAGCAGGAAGUGUGGAGGUCUUCACUGCUCUGGUGCGCUCCAUUGAGAGAAGUCAGGGUGAGGUUAUUGAGGUGGUUGAGGAGAAGCAGAAAGCAGCUGAGAGGCAGGCUGAAGGGCUCAUUGAAGAACUGGAGCAGGAAAUCACUGAGCUGCUGAGGAGAGGCACUGAGCUGGACCCCCUCCACCAGAACUCCCCAUCCCCGAUCAAGGGCUGGUCUGAGAUCAGUGUUCACAGGGAUCUGCAUGUAGGAACUGUGAGGAAAGCUCUUUCUCAGCUGGAGGAGAUGCUUCAUAAUGAGAUGGAGAAGUUGUGUAAUGCUGAGCUGAAGAUGAUACGGCAGUGGUCAGUGGAUGUGACUCUGGAUCCUGAUACAGCACAUCCCAAGCUCAUUGUGUCUGAGAACAGGAAACAAGUGAGCUAUGGAGACAAAGGGCAGAUUCUCCCUGACCUCCCAAAGCGGUUUGAUAUGUAUCUAUCGGUCUUGGGAAAGGAGGGCUUCUCCUCAGGGAGAUUCUACUUUGAGGUUCAGGUGAGAGGGAAGAUUGAGUGGCAGGUAGGCGUGGCCAGAGAGUCCAUCAUCAGGAAGGGCCCAAAAGUUAAAAGCCCAGAUACUGGACUCUGGGCUCUGUAUAUGAAGGGUGAGAAUAAGUAUGAGAUCAAGGACACACCCCAUAUGCACCUCUUCCCGGGUCAGAAACCCCAGAAGGUGGGGGUGUUUGUGGAUUACAAGGAGGGUCAGAUCUCCUUUUAUGAUGUAGAAAACAUGUCUCAUAUCUAUUCUUUCACUGGUUGUACCUUCACUGAGAAGCUAUAUCCAUACUUGAACCCCUGUGAUAAUUCUGAGGGUCCAAACUCAGCCCCAUUGGUCAUCUCUCCUGUCAAUCACACUGACUGAAUUGGGGUCCAAUAAGGCAGAAGUGCUGAUAAUAUUGGGCCGCUUCCAGGUGGUCUGCCAAGGAGUCGCAAAACAAAUUUCACAACACCUGGUGUUUAACAUUACACCAGAAACCGCAUCAAUAUGAUGUUAUAAUCUCAAGCAUGACUGCAAUAUAUCUAAUGAUGGGUUCAUUUGUAGAGCAUCUUUUAAAUCAGAGGAUUAUGCUUGAAAUCUGAUCUACCGUUGAAUAUUGUUUUAGUUUGUCUUUUUUCAAAUUUAUUUUCCCCAUUUUUCAGUAUAGUGUGUUGAGACGUUGUUUGGAUUAAUUUGGGAGUAUGUACUGAAUUAUCCAAAUCUAGUACAAUGCAUCCAUUUCUUGUGAGUUUUCAUUGUAUGUGGUCAAUGUCAAAUAAACAUAAUAAAUACAGUGAAUAAAUGUUUUGUUCUUGUUUUUAUGAGUCUAAAUUGAUUAUAAGGACGAUGCAUCCCAGAGGGCAGUGGAACAGAAUGGUAGUUUGUGUCGGGGGGCUGGGGUCAGUU